UAUUUACUGAUCCCAACCACGCCUUCACUUGGUCAUGACGUUUGUGUUGUUGACCAAAAAAAAAAGCAUGCCUCUGGAAGGCAGGCUGAACUCGGCGGGCGCAGUGACCCAGCGGUUGUAGUGAAAAGUUGUCAAAUAAUGGACUCCACAAAGGUGGCUCUGAAUUCCACCUGCUUUUAGUGUUAACUGCGACGGAGGCUGUGUUGCAGGUAAAGGCGUUUUCAUUCUCAUUAUUCACCGUUGUGGAUUUGUAUUCUGUUUUUCACUUUCUGUUAGACAUCAUGAUGAUUUGGUUUUAAAAGUUGCGUGGUGGUUUUUGUUAAACUUUCUAGACACAGCACUUCUUUAUCAUGGCAGCGGAGUGUAUAAAAGAUUGUUGCCGUUUCUUUCAAUCCAAAGAAGACGAACCUGAACCUGAAGCAAUUCCAUCGAACCAAGAUGUUAUUCGGGAAGAUAUCAAGAAAUCAUUUGGGGUGUCUGAGGACUAUCUCUUGUCCAAAUUGCCUCCGGAUGGGAAAGAGGUUCCUUUCGUGCUUCCCACGUUCAAGCCCUCUUACAUCCAACCACAGGGCGCGCGCUACUCCAACUACCCAACGGGACAGCAAGGCUCAGCAAGGAGUGCAUAUGCAGAAAGAAAAGCUGAGAUUUUGGGGAUCAGCACCAAAGCCUAUGACAUCGACCCUGCAGCCAUUCCUGCCAGUCACACAGUUUAUCACAUCUCCCCUGGUUCAACUCUGGAAGAUAAAUCUCUUCUAACAACGCCAGCUCAAGAUCUGAAACCCACGAGACAAAGGCUAAGUGCCUCAAUGUUUGACCUGUCUGGUCCUAGUCCUCCCCCCAGUUACAUGCAGAGGUAUGACUCGGUGUCCAGUGUUCCGAGCAGCACGUCCUCAGUAAGAGAUUCCUUUGGAAGCAGUCGUAGCCUAGAGUCAAUAACCUUGUCGGGGGACGAGAGGGAACUGGGCCAGCUGUGUGUGAAGCUGAGCUACCAGGAGGCCCUGGAGCAGGUGUGGAUCACCCUGGUCCAGUGUAAGGACAUCCCAGUGGACAGUGCUGAGCACAAGAUAGGCAUCAAAGGCAUCAUCACGCUGGACAAGCCGGUGCAGUUCAAGAGCACGCUGAAGGAGGCAGCUCCAGAUGCCUUGUUCAUGGAGACCUUCGUCUUCGCCCUGCCGCUGCAGCAGCUCCGCAACUCCGCCCUGGUGCUGAGGCUGCACCUGCACACGCCGCGCAAGCGCACGCUGGCCGAGUGCGUCCUCUCCCUGCGGCAGCUGAGCCCGGAGGAGGCCCAGUACUCGCUGCAGCUCAGGCCCCCCUCCAAGUCCCGGGCGUGUCAUGCUGAGCUCCACCUGGCCACCUGUUUCCAGCCCGUCAACGCCCGCAUGCAGCUGCAGGUCCGCUCGGCCCAAAACCUGCCCUCCUCCUCCUCACCCCUCACUCAGAGUUUCUUCAUCAAGGCUGAGCUGCACUCGCAGGACCUGCUGGUCACCAAGAAGAAGACGCGAGCCCUCAAGAUGGCGGGAGGCCAGGUGCAGUGGAGCGAGAGCCUCCUCUUCCCUCUCAGGGCUCAUGACGACUCCUUCCACCUCUGCGCCAAACUCUACAGCCGCACCUCCGUCAGGCGCAGGCAGUUCCUCGGACAGGUGCAUCUGGGCUUCAGCAGCCCCUCGCCCACAGCGGUGGAGCAGUGGAGGGACACCAUGGCCAAUCCUGAGAAGGUCGUGGCUGACUGGCACACACUCACAGCACCUUGAACCAGCCACACAGCCCCUCUUCCUGCCACCGCCUGGUCACAAGGGAGGGGUAGCCUGAAAGCAUUACCUACAACCCAGUACUGCAUAUUACAAAUGACCUGUCUUAACCUGUCUAAAUCAACCAAGUGAUUGCCUGUUUGAAUGGUCACCUGGUUGAAUCGGACUGGUGAAACCCGGUCCUUUGGAAUAUGUGGCAUUGGAUUGUAACUUGGAUUGGAUGGUGGCCCAUCACUUCUGGUCAUAAGUGUGUUCGUCCUGUCUUAGUGAAACAGUAGCAACUGGUCUAAAUACAAAUGGUAGCAUUACUUUUUGUAGCAUGUUCAUAUUACACAGGUACAAGAGGUGUCCCAAACCUGUAAGAGUGUAUGUAGGCUACAUUGCCAGAAUUAGUAAUUACCAACUACUUUAUUAUUAUUAGUUAUAGUUUGUCGGCAUCACAGUGAAAGGUCUAUGUGUCCGAGUGAUGUGUACAAUUAGCACUUUAGGGAAGAAAUGAAAAAUGUCGUAGUUUCACAUGACCACACUUUCCCAAGUCUCUGUAGGUUUCUAUGGAGUAGCCUAAACUAACAUGUGUAGUAAUAGCGUUAGUGUAGUCUAAUAAGAACAUUACGGACAUUCUGUGAAUAGCUUACUUUGUGGUACUUUUCCAUAGACAUUACAUGUACAUUAUGGAUAAGUUUUCCACUGUUGUAGUAGUAAGUAAGUAAGUACCACACAGGCAAUACUGGUCCACACAGACAUAUGCUGUGUUGCCUUGCAUUAGGUCAGAAAGAGUGUUUCUGACAGGGGUGAUGGAUUGAUGGAAACUCGGGAGACUGGAGCCAAAGUGUGGUCUAAUGUAUGGUCUCCAGAGAGCUUGCAGGCUUUUGGUCCAUAGACUAGCCAAGUCACCCCACGACAUGGCUCUCAAGAUUGAAACCCACUACCAAUGGGAGUUAUUUGAGAGACUUUGGUUGUUUUUUUUAGACCGCUGUUCAUUGUUUUUCGACUUCUCCUCUCUGUUUGAACCACUUUUGGUAGAUCAAAAGUAGUUUACAUUGCUGUAUGUCUGCGCUGUAGAUAUCUAUGGUAUUACUGCUGUCUGUACAAAUCUUAGCAAAAAAAAAAACUUAUUUAAUAAUGUAAUAUUUUAUUUUAUUUAGCCUUUAUUUUACACCCUCCUUCAUAAACAUUGUACUUGUCUAUGUUUUGAUAUGAUUCAAUGAAUCCUUU